AUGCUUUAUAAAACUGCAGCUCUCCGUUCAAAGCAUCAAAUAAUAAAGAACUUAGUCUAUUAUUCGACUGCAAAGCAUCGACGUAUAAUAGCAAUUCGUAGAGAAGAUCAGUCAGUAUGGGAGAGAAGAGCACCUUUCUGUCCUACCAAUGUCAACCGACUAGUACGAAAUGGUGUUAAAGUUAUUGUACAGCCGUCUAAUCGUAGGGCAUAUCCAAUGCAGUCAUAUAUCAACGCCGGCGCUGUAAUUCAAGAAGAUAUAAGUGAAGCCAGUGUUAUAUUUGGUGUUAAACAAACGCCAAUAGACUUGCUUAUUCCCAAUAAGACGUAUUGCUUCUUUUCCCACACUAUUAAAGCUCAAGAAGCUAAUAUGCCAAUGUUGGAUGCUAUUUUGGCUAAGAAUAUUCGUCUCAUUGAUUAUGAAAAGUUAAUGGAUAACGCGGGGAACCGUGUAGUAGCAUUUGGGAAGUACGCUGGCGUGGCUGGCAUGAUAAACAUCUUGCAUGGUCUCGGCUUACGUUUACUAGCACUAGGACAUCAUACACCAUUUAUGCAUGUCGGACCAGCACAUAACUACAGAAACUCAAGCAUGGCCCGGCAAGCGAUACGGGACGCGGGAUACGAAGUAGCACUUGGUAUGAUGCCAAAAUCAUUAGGGCCUCUUACAUUUGUUUUUACUGGAUCAGGCAAUGUUUCGCAGGGUAGCCAAGAAAUAUUUCAAGAACUACCUCACGAAUAUGUUCCUCCCGAAAUGUUGAGGAAGGUUGCAGAGCAUGGCAGUCCAAACAAAAUAUAUGGGUGUGAGGUUCGCAGACGACAUCACUUAGUGAGAAAAAACGGCGGAGGUUACGAUCCUCAAGAAUACGAAGAACAUCCCGACCGAUAUGUAUCUACUUUUGCCCAAACUAUAGCUCCAUAUACAUCUGUGUUAGUGAACUGCAUAUACUGGGCGGUGGGUAGUCCCAAAUUGCUGACCAUCCCCGACGCCAAGCACCUGCUCAUGCCUUCGAACACGCCCUGGCUCCCAAAGAGCAUUGGCGCGCCGGCUCUACCACACAGAAUGCUGGCAAUAUGCGAUAUAUCAGCGGACCCAGGUGGAUCUAUCGAGUUCAUGAAUGAGUGCACUACUAUCGACACUCCUUUCUGUCUUUAUGACGCUGACAGAAAUAAGGACACUAAAAGUUUCAAAGGUCCAGGUGUGCUUGUAUGCUCCAUAGAUAACAUGCCAACACAAUUGCCGCGAGAAUCCACCGAUUUCUUUGGCGACUUGCUUUAUCCUUACGCUGAAGACAUUAUGAGUUCAGAUGCUUCACAACCACUCGAGGAACAUAAAUUCUCAACUGUCGUUCAAGGAGCCAUCAUCACAAGUAAUGGAAAGUUAACUCCCUCAUUCGAAUACAUCAACGAACUACGAAAUUCUAAUAACCGAUCGCGACAUAAGGUCGAGGGUAAUGAUCAGCAAAACCACGUAGUAAUCUUAGGUAGUGGUUUGGUGUCUGCGCCCGUAGUGGAGUACCUCGCUAGGGACAAGAAUGUUGCUGUCACUGUUGCUUCGCAAAUAAAAGAAGAAGCGGACGCACUUGCUGAGCGGUAUGGAGUCCAUUCCCAGUACUUAGAAGCGAAUGACGAACAGGCCCUUAGAUCUUUAGCGUCGCAAGCCCGACUUGUGAUAUCGUUGCUCCCCUAUGAGCUGCACGGCGCCGUGGCGCGCGCGUGCCUUGGCGCGGGCUCUCACAUGGUCACGGCAUCGUACGUCAGACCAGAAGUCCAAGAAUUACAUGAUGCAGCUAAAGAGGCUGGCAUAACGUUAUUAAACGAAGUUGGUUUGGAUCCCGGUAUUGAUCACUUACUCGCUUUGGAAUGUAUUCACGACGUACAAAGCCAUGGCGGUAGAGUUGAUUCUUUCGUAUCAUAUUGUGGAGGUCUCCCGGCGCCAGAAUUCAGCGACAAUGCUCUUAGAUACAAGUUCUCUUGGAGUCCACGAGGUGUCUUGCUCAAUACGAUUUCUGGGGCCAAAUACCUCAGUAAAGGACAGGCGGUAGAAGUUCUGAGCGGUGGGGAACUAAUGUCUGUGGCGCGAGAACUGGACUUCUUACCGGGCUUCGCAUUUGAAGGCUUUCCUAAUAGAGAUAGCACUAUUUAUUCUUCGCUCUAUGGUAUUGAGGACGCUCACACUAUGUUCCGUGGGACGCUGCGUUAUAGAGGUUUCGCUGAAACAAUGAAGUCUAUGCAACUAUUUGGCUUCGUAGAUCCUAAUCCUCAUCCGUCAUUACACCCCGAGGGCCCAGAAAUAACAUGGCAACAAUUUGCAUGCGAGCUGCUCGGCCUAAUGGAUCAAUCAAUCUUCUAUGAGAAUCUCAAGACACGUCUCGCGGAGCGCAUCGGCAGUACUGGAGCACAAGCCUUAGAGUCACUCGGCUUGCUGAGCGACGAGCCUGUCGUCAAACUUGGAACUCCACUUGAUACUAUAAGCCACUAUCUCGGCAAAAAGCUGCAACUUGAAAAGAAUGAAACGGACUUCGUAGUUCUUCGACACGAGAUUGGUGUAACAUGGAGUGACGGGAAAAAGGAACGGCGCGAGGUGACGAUGACAGUGCGCGGCGACCCCUCCUCUCACACAGCCAUGGCGAGGACGGUGGGGCUCCCCACAGCGAUCGCCGCGAAAAUGGUGCUCGACGGUGAAAUUCAACAACGUGGUGUCGUUUUACCAUUCGCACCUGUAGUAUACAAAUCACUUCUGUCGAGAUUGCGGGCCGACGGUAUUACCGCCAGAGAAGUCGUUAAACCAUUAAAU